UAUGAGGAAUGGUAAAUACGCUGCAGCAAAGACUCCAGUGCACCGGAAGUGGCAAUCUACACAGUUUGAAGAUAUGGAUCGCUGGACAGGUCGCGUUGCCUUGGUAACAGGAGCAUCGAAAGGCAUAGGAGCAGCCAUUGCUCGUGCUCUGGUUAAGGAUGGCAUGGUGGUGGUUGGCUGUGCCAGACACGUCGAAGAUAUGCAAAAAACAGCCGCAGAUCUACAAGAUGAAAAGGGUCGUUUGAUUCCCAUGAUGUGCGACCUCACUAAAACGGAAGAGAUCGAGUCCAUGUUUCAAAAAAUCAAGGAACAGUUGGGUGGUGUCGAUGUUUGUGUUAAUAACGCUGGUGUUGACCUGUGUCAGGAUUGCAAGACAGGGUCUUUAUCUGAUACCAAGACAAUGUAUGAUUUGAAUGUAUUCGCUGCCAUAACCGUUUCCCAGCUGACCAUUAAGUCCAUACAAGAAAGGGAGAGAGAUGACGGGCACAUUAUCAACAUCGGCAGUGUAUGUGAAAGCACGGUCCACGUGGACUUGCCAUGUCACAUGUAUACCCCAACAAAGUUUGCACUGAAGGCUUUCACAGAGGGUCUGAGACACGAGCUGAGAAAAGAGAAAACGAAAAUACGGACAACGGUUAUUAGCCCUGCAUUGGUGGACACUCCGCAAUCUAGAGAAGACAUGGAUGACAGCUUCUUCUGUCCGGAAACUUGUCUUCAACCGGACGAUGUCGCUGCCGCUGUGACCUUUGCCCUCAGUGCCCCGCCAUGUGUUAACGUCCGCCAGAUUUGCCUCCACGCCAUCCACGACACCUUGUAAGUUCGGGACAACUGCCGCCUUUGUACGUCUGCCAAGUUCACGGCUUUUAAAAUAAUCAAAUUCAGUUUUAUUCUCCAGAAUAUAACACAAUAAAGCUUCAAAGCCGACAAUGAAGAAUUUAAAGGUAUUUCCACACGUAUUGGCCUAUGGGUCCAAAGGUUAAUGUAGUGGUAUUCACCAAAUUUUUGCCGUAGUUCUGCGAUUAACUGUUGUAAUAAUUAUAAUUAUAACAAGCAUAUCUCAAAAAGUUUUAUUUACACCUACUAAUAAUUAAAACAAGGUAGAAGAAAUGUUGACUAAUGCAUAUUGUACCUGUCAAGAUUCUUUAUUUUUCCAUAAAUUAAAGAAAAAAAAUCAUGUCAGGGUAACGCUUGUCAGUGCUUUUUUAUUAUUUUUAUAUCCUUCUUUUUAUAUCUUUUCAUUUUUUUAUCAAGAAAAUAUAAUUGCUACAUGUGUGAUAUUUCAACAGAACAUCAUUGAUAAAUAAUCAAUAAAUUUCAACAAUUUUUUUACCGGUAAAUGCAUGACUUAUCUCGAAUCUCUGUACCCAGUACUGUGCAUAUAGAUUGAGAUCUUUGCAUUAUACAUCUACCGGUAGGCUACAUAUAAUAAAUACGAAAGUGAAAACAUAUUGAGAACCAUACGUUCUGUUAACUGUUAUUCUAAGACAGCACGGGCUAUAUCAAUGCCUGUAGCCCAUUAUUCUACAUUACAUGUAUAUAUAUAUGUUAUUAGAUAUAUUACAUUCAUCAUCUGACAA